CCGCCUCCCUCUCUUGACUCUCGCCGAGAAAAGGGAAAGCAAAUGGACCAGGCGGCAGAAAUGGAGAGCAGGAGGACUGGGAGGGUGAACGAAAAUGUUGAAGAGACAUGGCGUGGCAGCACAACAAAAUAAGGAGAUCCCAGUUGACCGAAAGGACUUCUCUGAAGAACAAAGUCAAGUUUGAGGAGUCGAGCUAACUGUCUGGAGGAUUUUCAUUUCGCUGUGGUCUCGUAAUCAGUGCGCACAACGCUUGUGUUGGGCAGUAUCUGCAGAGAGAAGUCUGGCUAACAAACCCAGUCUGACAGCACACAAAAAGGUAGCUCAGUAUGAGUCGAGAUGUGUGGACAAAGAAGAAAGCCAAUGCCAGUGGUGACAAUGGUUGGGCUGAAAGGGGCGGCUACAUGGCUGCCAAAGUUUCAAAGCUGGACGAGCAGUUUAAACUCGAUGCCCCCAGAGAAAAACAGAAGGAAGGUUCCUGCUCCAACAUUUUCAAUGGAGUGUCCAUCUAUGUCAAUGGAUACACAGAUCCAAGUGCAGAUGAACUACGCAGACUGAUGAUGUUGCAUGGCGGCCAGUUCCACGUCUACUACUCUCGCUCCAAGACCACCCACAUCAUCGCCAAUAACUUACCCAACACCAAAAUUCAGGAGCUCAAAGGGGAAAAGGUCAUCAGGCCAGAGUGGAUCACUGACAGUAUCAAGGCUGGGCGUCUCCUGCCUUACCUACAGUACCAGCUGUAUGCUAAACAGAAAGGCCCACUCUUCCCUGGCAUGACUCUGCGUCAGACCUCAGAGAUCGCAGGACCCAGCCACGGGCUGCUGCAGCCGAGCGUCCAGCAACCGCUUCACCUGCCACAGCGCAGCUUUCAGCACUCUGUCCUCAACCAGGAGCAGUCUUCAUCCAGCUGCCAGUAUAACUCCAUCCCUCACCCCAGCCACAGUCAACUUCACCAAGGCAACAUCCAACCUCAGUCCAUCCAGCACGGCUCCGCAGCUCGUUUCAUUAACCCCCAACCAAGUCGCUUAGCAUCCUGUCACGUCAAUACAGAUCCUAGACACAGAAGUCCUUUACACACCUACCCGCUGUCUAACCCAAGCCCCACUAAGCACCCACACAAACCCCCACAGUCUACUCCUCAAACACCUCAUCCCAAUCUCCAGCACCAGAGCACUGGCCAGCCACAACCUCAGAUCAACUUUUCUUGCAACAGUGCCCGAAGUGGCUGCAAGGAGGUGGAAUUAAAAAUAAACGGAUUAUUGCAGACCUCAUUGGAUGUGAUGAGCCAUUCAAAAAUAAAUGAAAUGCAAGAGUGUGGCGAAGAAGAUCCUCUCCCACAGGUGGUGAAGGAAGCACCCCUGACCAAUGGACACACUCACCUUGUUAAUGGUGCCUUAAAGCCAGAGGACCUCUCCCCUGUUACAGAUAAACCCUCUGUUGACAAGAAACUGCCUGAAUGCAGAGUCAGUAGCUCAGAGGAUAAACCUCAGAGUCAUCCAGUGCAGUUUCCGACCAAACACGACCCAUAUGAGUUUCCCCACAGUCCUCCAAAGCGAUCCGACCAGUCUUCUGUCUUUCUGGAGCAAUCCAGCUCACAGGGAGCCCACGAGCAGAGACCUAAACCCCCACCCCCCACCUACCAGGAGGCUAUAAAAGCCACCGAAAACCACCCACUGCUAAAACAGCUCCAGCCAUCUUGUCCAGUUGAUUCAAAUCCUGAAAAGACUCCUCUUUCACCUGCAUCUCGCUCUCUCUCACAUUCUCCAGUUCGACUGAACGGAAGUCACCACAAUGCCUUUUCAUCGGACUCAGCCUCGCUAACUCCCACUGAAAAGUCAUCAUCAUCAUCAUCAUCAUCUAAGUCUUCAGUGCAUCUGCUGGCACAGACAGGCGAUUUGAUCUCCGAGUUCUACUCUCACUCACGUUUACACCAGAUCUCCACUUGGAGGACUGGCUUUUCUGAGUAUGUCAAUGAACUGCACAGUAAAAGAAGAGCAGUGGGGGGCACCUCCUUUUCUGGAAAAGACAGACUGAGGAAAUCUAUGGCCCAGCGCUCUGCAGAGAGUCAAGGUACAUCGGCCCCCGCGAGUGUUAAAUCUUGUGUUUUUCACGUGGACAUGGACUGUUUCUUUGUGUCUGUGGGGAUCCGACAUCGGCCAGAGCUUAAAGGAAAGCCUGUGGCUGUGACCAGUAACCGUGGAGAGGGCAGAGUGCCCCGAAGGGCUGGGGCCAACCCUCAGCUGGAGCUGCAGUACUACCAGAGGAAACAAACUCAUCCUCAGUCUGAGAGGGCAGAUGAGGAUCUAUACAGAACUCCUUCACAAGAGAGUCCUGACUCCCAUGUUAACGGAGUGGACCAAGAUGUUGCUGCUCUCUCAAUGGCAGAGAUUGCAUCCUGCAGUUAUGAGGCUAGGCAGGCGGGUGUGAGGAAUGGGAUGUUUUUUGGCAAAGCAAAACAGCUGUGUCCCUCUCUGCAGUCUGUCCCAUAUGAUUUUGAGGCCUAUAAAGAGGUGGCUCUCACCAUGUAUGAGACUCUGGCAGGUUAUACCCAUGACAUUGAGGCUCUGAGCUGUGACGAAGUGCUGAUAGACGCUUCUGCCCUGCUAGCGGAGUUGGGCAUCAACCCAGAAGAUUUGGCCAAAGCGAUCAGAGCAGACAUCAAGGAGAAAACAAGCUGCUGUGCCUCAGUGGGCAUGGGGUCCAACAUCCUCUUGGCUCGGCUGGCGACCCGCAAGGCAAAGCCAGAUGGGCAGCACUUCUUAAAGCCGGAAGAAGUGGAUGACUUUAUUAGGGACCUGCCAGUGACCAGCCUACCAGGUGUUGGGCCUGUAAUGGGCAGAAAGCUGGCUGCUAUGGGUGUAAGGUCAUGUGGGGACCUCCAACAGGUGUCGCUUUCUCAGCUGCAAAAAAAGUUUGGACCCCGGACCGGACAAACCCUGUUUCGAUUCUGCAGGGGGCUAGAUGACCGGCCUGUCCGCUACGAGAAGGAAAGGAAGUCUGUCUCAGCCGAGAUCAACUACAACAUUCGCUUCACUCGGGUUGAUGAGGCAGAGUGUUUCCUGACUAACUUGUCCAUGGAGGUGCAGAAACGUUUACAAGAAGCAGGGCUGCGGGGUCGCAGAGUUACCCUUAAGGUCAUGGUUCGCAAGGUUGGAGCGCCACUGGAACCGGCUAAAUACGGUGGCCAUGGCAUAUGUGAUAACCUAGCUAGGACUGUGAUGCUCGCUCAAUCCACUGACAGUGGUCAGCUAAUUGCCGCUGCCGUCAUCAAGCUGUUCCAUGCCAUGCGGUUGCAGGUUCAGGACCUGAGGGGAGUCGGCAUCCAGGUUCAGCUUCUCGAAGGACAUCACUCUGUCCACAAGGACUCUACGGGCCCCCGGACCCGCUCCAUCAAAGAGAUGUUGCUGGACCAGGAAUUGAGUGCGAGAUCAAGCAAAAGAGAUGCCACUGAUAACAACACACAUCAGGAAAAGACUUCCUCGACAACCGCCCCAUCAUCUGGCUCCUCUCCACAUCCUCUGUCCCCUCCCGAGCCAGUGCCAGGGACAAGCAGAGACCAGCAGGCAUGCAGACAAACUCCUAAGCAUUCUCGAACACGUCUCAACUUAAGUAUUGAGGUCCCUUCCCCUUCACAGGUGGAUCGUUCUGUGUUGGAGGCCUUGCCUGCAGAGCUGAGGGAACAAGUGGAGCAGUCGUGGAAUAAUCGGGAUGGGAGACUGAGUCAUCCUCAGUCACCCACUCCACAGCCCUCCGCUCCUCUUCCGCAGCCUCCCGCUCUGAAGUCUCGUCCAACCACUCCUCCUCAUCCUCCUACCACUGCUCCUGCGCUGUACACUCCACCUAUUGGCACCUUGGUUCUGCAGAUUCCAAAUCAGCCAGACAGUCCUGGGAUUGUACUGGAACUACCAAACUUCUCACAAGUUGAUCCGGAUGUAUUUGCUGCCCUUCCCAAAGAGCUGCAGGAGGAACUGAAGUCUGCCUACAACCGCAUUACAACUGUCCAGCCCCAGGCAAAACUGUCAGUGGAGCAGAAGAAUCCACUGUUGCAGCUAAAGCAGUCAGGAAUUGGCAUUGGUAGGGUUAAGAGGCGCUACAAGCGAAAAAAUGCCGUGAGUCCAGUUAAAAAAGGUCCUUCUCCUGUGAAGAGGCGCCACAUGACAAACAGCCCAGCCAAAACCCUACCACCUACUGUAAAAUCACGGGAACCAAUGAACAUAAUAAAGACUGAAAACGGUCCCUGCACAUCGACCUCAAAACCAGAAAUCCCAGAGACUCUGUCCAAAUUCAUUCCUCGCCCUGCUCCAGCGUUGGCCGGAGCCUGUGACCUGACGGACAUUAAAACACUCCUACGGGAGUGGGUCACCACCAUAACAGAACCCAUGGAGGAGGACAUCCUGCAGGUGGUUAAAUACUGCACUGAUCUGAUUGACGAUAAAGAUCUGGAGAAGUUGGAUUUGAUUAUAAAAUAUAUGAAAAGGCUCAUGCAGCAGUCGGUGGAGUCCGUUUGGAGUAUGGCUUUCGACUUCAUCCUAGACAACGUCCAGGUGGUUGUGCAGCAGGCUUAUGGUAGCACCUUGAAGAUAGCGUGAAGGGAGGGGUGACUGUUUUCACUGUGUGUUACCAUUACACCACCACUUUUUGUUCUGCUACUUUCACAAGGCCAUCCGCAAUACAAAUUGUGACGAGUAAAGGAUUAUUUUCCUCCCUCUCAACUGUGAUACCACUGCAGCAUCUACCAGAAUGUUCUCAGUGGCCUCCUGAGAGUGAGACACAAAUUAAUGACUUCACACACACACCUCAUAGCAGUACUUGAUCUUUUAAGGUCCAGUGUGUAACAUUUAGGAGCAUCUACUGGCAGAAAAAGAAUAUAAUAUUCAUAGGUAUGAUUUUAUUUGUGAAUAAUCACUUGAAUUGCUUUUGUUACCGUUUUUAUCUACAGAGGGAGCGGGUCCUCUUCCACAGAGGCCGCCAUGUUGAACCAUC